AGUCGGUUCUUCCUUCCAUGGAUAUUUGUUUAAGUUGGAACUUGGUGCUUUCACACGUUUAAAAGCGUUCCCAGUGCAUGAUUUAUGAUUUAAUCAUAUGUUACGGUACCAAUAAAGUGCGAUAUUUCACUGAGGGGUUAUCAAUAAAUUUAAAGGUAAUAGGUGUGUGCGUCGGACGUGAGGAAUAUGUGAUAUCAACAAAGAUUAAUGAACGGCAAGGGUUUAACAGCUGAACGAAGAAAGGACAAAAUGUUUCAUUUCUUGAAAAGACGUACGAAAGUGAAGAUGCCUUCGAACUCAGAACCGAGUUCACCACUAAGCAAGCAUUUUAGUGCUUUGGCGGUGCCUGGGAUGUAUCUGUUUAACAAAUACAGUGAAUUUAAGAGACAUCAGCAAGAAGCAAAUAGAAAGAAAGUUACCGAAAAGGAGUUGGAUCAUUUGAAUCACAAGAUUGACAAGCUGUUGGCCAAAAUUGGCGAAAAGGACAACGAGCCAUAUACAUCAACAGUCCCGGCAACGACACGACAAAACAGCCAAACACAACAUUGUGAUGAAGUGGAUGACGAGUGCGUGAUCUGUAUGAGUGCCAAGGCUACCAUGCAAACUUUUCCCUGUGGCCACAAAGUCAUCUGUCGAAAGUGCUUCAUAAAAACCAUACAGGUUGCCGUUUCCCAGCGAUGCCUGCCAUUGAAAUGUGUCAUAUGUCGAACACGAAUUUUAAAGUUACGACAAUCGCAAACGGUCAAAAUGCCGUUAACCAAACUGCCCAGAUCACGUGCACCAAGGUUUUCCAAACAGGCGCGAGUUUAUGUUAAAUGACAAAACAUAUAGUUUUAGAUGUGUAAAUAAAUGUUUUUUUAUCUUGUUUUUUGCCAAAACAUAAUGCCAAAUAUGCAAUUGACAUGAAAAAUAAUUGUAAAGUUCAACAAUGACAA